AUGUUUGCGUUGUUGCUACUGUUGAUUCCCCUGGUGUCAUCGGUGAAUUCGCAGAAUGACACCGAGUCGCGUCUGGCGGCCUCCCUCAAGAGCAGCGAUACCGCAGCCGGCGCCGAGAGUAAAUGCGGCGACACCCAGCGCAUGGUCGACGAGUGCUUUAAGGAUCUGCCGCCACAUUUAAUGGAAUUUCUGCAGACCACAAAGAUUGCCAACAACGAACGCGAAAUCGCAUCCAAGUGCAUUGUUUUCAAUAAGGGCAUGAGAUGCUUUGACGACUAUACGGCUCGUUGUCUAACCAAUAAAACGCUGAAUCUCUUCAAGAAUAAUGUGGAAGGAGCACGCAGAUUUUUCAAUCGCUUUUGCAGUGAUCGGGAAUUCCAAAAGGAUUAUUUACAGCACAAGGACUGUUUCGGCUAUAUACAGGACGACUGGAUGCGCUGUACGCGCAAUUUUCAGGAAAUACUCACCGAGGAGCUGCAUGGCGAGCAAACGAAUGUCACCAAUAAAUUUAUGGAAUUUUGCUGUGCACGCUACGCCUACGAAAAUUGCAUCUACAACAGCGCACGCUACAAAUGCUACAAGAACUCGGCCAAAUUUGCACGUGACACAGCCAAAAUGCUCUCGGACGAAAAACACUUCACCAAUUGUCGCCAAUACGAGAAUGUGCUCUGCAGCGUGGGUCAUCCGAGAUCCCUCUACGGCCGCGGCACCAACACCUUCUUUGGCUGGACCCAGCUGCUGCUGGUCUGGCUGCCUGCUGUGCUGCUGACAAGAGCGAGCGUCGGCCGACGACGAACGUAAAUAAAUCAAUGACAAGCUGAUUUUUAGUCUUUAAUACACAUACAUAUAUGCAUGUACAUGUGUGUGCCUAGUCAUAUGUAUGUGUUGUGUAGUUGGGUGUGCGGCAAGAAUGUGUCGUUUGUGUAGAACAAUAAUUGGCCAUUGCUCGUGUGCAUUUACCACGACCUCGCAGCAGCGGAGCGCUUAUUGACCAUCACUGCGUCCAUGCGUGUACACGCAUGUAUGUAUGUGUGUACGUGUAGGGGUGUUUGUGCGUUGGUAAAGGCAUUUUAAAUGGGUCAGCGCAAGUACAUGGCAUCAAAGAGCUUAUAUGUAUGUACUCCGUAAUUGUCAAUUUAUUUAGCGAGUAAAGUGAAAAUGUUGUGCGAGGAUACACUCAAGUAGCUGUUAUUUCGACGUGUCACUGUGCGUGUGUAGGCUAAACUAUUGUCCAUAUCGUUUUAAGGAUAUUAAGCGCAACGAUAUCUCUCCAAAUGAAAACUAAUGUUGACUAUUAAACAAG